ACCAAUUUCACGCACGAUUCCAUCAUUCCAUCUCCAACGGCGUCCUCUAAUUCUCUCUCUCAGGUCUUCCUCCGAUUUAAUUCGAUUCCUCUCUUCUUUUUUCAUCUGCUCAUCCCAUUCGAUUUUCCGAUUUCCGCUAUUAUGACGAGCGUUACGUUGGGGCACGGGAGCAAUUGGUCGCCGGGCAUUGGAAUUCGAGAGCAUUUGGGGAGAGCAAACAUUUCUAGGGUUUCGUAUUCCGAAUAUUGUCGUCCUUUUGUUCCAUCCAGAGAAACAACAAUUACUACUCCCCAUGGGAAUCGUCUUGCUUACUGUCGCCGGCGGCGGAGCGGACGGCGACACAGACCUGUUUUCGCCGGCGGUUCGGUGGACGGUGCGGCGGAUCCAGAUGACUCCGAUGCUGGGCUUAACGAGAGUGACAGUCCCGAAGCCGAAAAUCGAGAGUUUCAGAUGAACUUCGACAUGCUUAGGGAAAAUCUGGAGCGAUCUGUUGGAACAGAUGAUUCCAGAUUCAGUGGAAUUGAUCUAGCUACUCUAAUCAGGAACAAGUAUGGCAGAUCUUAUGACGUUCAACUAAUAAAGAAGGAGUUCAUGGGACGAAAUCUUCUAGCUUUAAAUGUCAUGUGGAAAUACAGGGAGCAGAAAUCAUUUCCGUUGUCCGAGGAAGAGUAUCUGUUGCGGCUAGAUGGUGUGGCUAAUACAUUAAAAUGCUGGGGAGCCGUGGCUCACAUUCGAAACAGCCUACACAAAACUAAAGACCGACCUCGGAUCGGAAAGGCAGUCAGUAUUUUUAUCGACAUGGACGAGUCUGGUGGCCGUGCAAAGGAGUGGAUAUACAAGUAGAUUCGAUUAUUUAUACGAACAAAAUUAAUUCACAUGUAUAUUUAGUGUAUAUGUAUUUUUUUUUUGUAUAGGUAAAAAUGUAACUAGUACGCAUCUUAUUUAUUCAGAUAACUCUAUUUUUUUAUGGGGUA